AUGAAUCUCGACAACCAAUGUAUUAGUGCCGCGUCCACUGGCUGGAAAAAAGGGCAAUACAACGCCCUGAAAGCUGGAUCAUGGCUAGCUAACUUUCGAUCAAGCGUUGCAGGCGGACAGGACGGUGAAGCAUACAUGGCUAAUGCAUUCACUGUCGCGGCGUAUCUGGCUAACAUGGCGUGGAUCUCGAACGGAGAUGUCGUUGAUAACUCUUUGACAGUGAGCUAUGAUCUGGGCGCGGAUUCUCAAAAGCCGUCUAUAUCGCUUGCGGGGAUUAUCGUGGUGUCUGUCUUGAUCGGGCUUGAUCUGUUGGGGUUGUUGGCAACAGCAGUUUAUGCGAGUUGGUUUCCGCGUUGGACAGGGUCGCUAGAUGCAUUCAGUUUGUUAAGGUUGGGUAGCUCAAUCAGUGAACGUGUGCCUCUCAAAGUUUCUGUUAAUGAAGAUGAGGUUCGUGUCUUGGAUAAACUACCCGGUUGGAUGGGCAAUGAUGCUCCUGAAGACGGCCUAUGA